AAUGCCCGUGGUCUGGCUAAUAGGACCACUCUUGCUCAUGUUAGAUCUCUCAUUCGUGAGCACAACCUUGACUUUGCAGCUUUCUUAGAACCUAUGACUCGUGACCCCUCUUUUGACGUAUAUACGCGACGCCUUGGUUUUCAUGCCGGGAUGGGAAACAACUCUAACAAGAUUUGGUUUUUCCACUCACAUGACUUUACUU